CUACAAUAGAAUGUAUAUGACUUUGUUUUGAUUUUGAAAUAUUUUAGACUAAUCUCGAAAAUAUCGUACAAAUUUUUGAAUUUAAGUGUGUUGCAAAAGAAAAUAGAGAUGGAAUUUCAAAGACUCGUUAAAAAAAAGAAAAAGGCAGUAAUUGCCGACGAUAAAUUAAAUAUUGCAAAAACAAGUAACGAUUUGGGCAAUUGGUACAAUACUCAUGGAAAAUAUGACAAUGCUUUGAAAGAAUACAAAUGUGAAGCCAAUGCUUAUUCAGUAUUGGGGCUACGACUUGAAAAUGCAAGAGCACAUCGUAUGAUUGGAGAAAUGUACAUGUUGUCAUCACAAUUUUCAGAAGCAUUGAAACAUGAAGAAAUUCAUUUGGAUACAGCACGAGACUUAAAUAAUAAAAUAGAAGAGCAGAGAGCCCUUGCCACUAUUGGAAGAAUACAUUUAUUACAUGGGCAGAGUGUAAAUGAUUCUAAUUUAAUGAAACAACAAUUGAAAUUGGCAGAGAAGUCAUUUAUGAAAAGUUUGUUGCUGUGUGAGAGUUUAAAGGGAGAAAUUUCUAAUCAUGAGCUUAUGGAUAUGCGUGCACGGCUGUUGUUAAACCUUGGUGUUGUAUUAGAACAUUUACAAAACUAUGAGCGAUCAAUAGACUUCAUGGAUCGAGCAAUAACAAUUUGCACAAAACAAGAGUUAUUUGAACUGCUACAUCAGUGCUAUUUAACAAAAGGUUCAUUAUUGUACCAUAGAAAGCAGGACUAUUGCCAAGCACUGCAAUUUUUCAAUAAGUCAUUAAAUAUUGCAGAAAGAUUGACAGACAAAGUGCUGAAAAUGUGUGAAUCUUUGUCAAUGAAAGCAGAAGUAUAUAUUUCGCAGUACGAUCUACAAAGUGCAAAGCAUAUGUUCAUAAAAGCAUGGAAAUUGAAAUGCCCUGAUGAAACUGAGAGAAAAACGAUUGAAAAAAAGUUGAAAAUAGUUGCCAGUAUGUGCUACACUGAUGAUGCCUUAAUAUGCAUUAAAGAUACUAACUAUGAAAUGAGGAAAAGUCUGAAUGAAAAAAUGGCUGAUGGUUAUUGCUUUUUUAAAAAAUACUCGAAAGCCAUUACAUAUUAUUUGAGUAUGCUCGAAUGUGCUGAAUUGAAUAAUGAGAAAGGCAAAGAUUUAAUUCCUAUAUAUGUGAGUCUAUACCAAACCUAUCGAGAUAAUAAUCAGUAUGAUGAAGCAUUAAAGUACUACUGGAAGGAAUAUGAUUUAUGCUCAGAUAUCCCUAGAGAAGCAUUUAAUACAUUAAUGAAUAUUUCAGAAGUAUUAGAACUUUCGAACAAAGAAUAUGAAACCAUUGAAGCAGUUUAUAAUAAAGCACGACAAGAGGCAAAGAAAUUAAAUCGAGAUUCAUUAGAAAUGCUAUGCAUGAAAAAACUAAUUAAUUUGAGAAGACAAUAUAAUAAAACUGCAGAAGCUGAUAAACUUCAGAGAGAAUUAGAUGAUUUAAGAAAUCGUGUAGAAUCUAGUGACAGUUCAGAUUCUGAAAAUACUUCACUAUCAGAGAACACUCCAAACAUAGGGGAUGAUAUAUGCAUUGAAGAUUUAUCAGGUAUUUCUGAUCCUGAAGAAAUUGAAAUCACUAAUCGAGCACACAGCACACGGAAAAAAGGUAGGACAUGGAUUGUGAAAAAAAAUGACAAAGGAGAAACUCAGCUUCAUACUGCUUGUAUAUCAGGAAAUAUCACUUUAGUCCAAAGAUAUCUUAAUCAGAAACAUCCAGUAAAUAUCCGCGAUAAUGCCGGAUGGCUACCAUUACAUGAGGCUUGUUUAUAUGGCCAUAAAGAAAUAGUGCAGUUAUUAUUAGAGGCAGGAGCCCAUAUUAAUGACAGAGGUGGCACUGCAUGCGAUGGAAUUACACCACUCUAUGAUGCUGCUAGCAAUGGUCAUUUACAAGUUAUUGAAUUGUUGUUAAAUCAUGGAGCAUCUGCUAAAUUAUUAACAGAUGAUGGCCAAUCGGCCUUAGAUGUACUUAUGAAAUGGAAAGAAAGUGUUCAUCUUGAUCAAACUGAAUCAGUUUAUUAUGAACUCAUUUAUAAUAAAUUAAGAGCAGCAACAGGAAAACAGUUAGAUACUGCACAGAAUGUACAAAGUCAAGUAUUUAAUACGAAGAACUCCAAUAUGAAAUUGAAUCAUGAGAAAUUUCCAGUGAAUUUGAGAUACGCAAUUAAUGAUUUUAGUGAUGAGGAAGAUGAAAAGAAAAAGAGUUUAAGUCCAAAAGAUCAUAGUUUAAGAGCUGAGAAUAGUGCUUGUUUGGAAUAUCAAAAUAUCAUGAAAAAUUUACGAAAUCGUGCAUCAGAAUCUAAGUCACUUCCGAAUAGUGACAAUGAAAAAAAGAGAUCAGCCCUGCUCGAUGUGAAUGAUGUUGUAGAUAAUUGGCUGGAGGAUGAUUUACAACACAAACGGAAAAGACGGAAAGUUUCACUUAAUAGAGGCAAUUCAAGUACAAAUUAUUCAAGUGAAAGCUUAUCCAUUGAAGCCAUAACUGAAAAACGCCUUGAAAACAUUGAUUCAGGUGGUGCAAAAAAAAACGCUGCUGGCAAGAAACAUCAAAUUUCUUUACUGGAUUCUGGUUUUACGAAAGAAAAAAGUGUAUCACCUAAUAUUGAUGAAAUGAUUAAUAAUUCAGAUUUUGUGACCACUCCUAUUAUCAGACCACAAUCACCUAUGAAAACACAAUUUCAAACUAAGCAAUCUGUAAAUUAUUCCCUCCAAAGUGUAGUCCCUCCAAUACCAGUAAAAGUUAGAGUUGCAGACAGGGUGUUGGUAGUUCCGGUCAUGUCAAAUUUGAUACAAUCAUUAGAUAUUGCAUGGCUUUCAAAAGAAACUUCUAAACGUUAUUAUAACUUGGUGGGAUUAGAACCAUGCUUAACUCUAAUGACGCCAGAUGGAGCUAUACUAACGCAGGAUGACCCUCUGAGUCUUGUUCUCGGUAUACCUGAACUACAAUCAAAUAUUUUGAAAUGGAAUUUGCCUCCUCUUCAUGAAAGAUAUUUAGAAGCUUGUAGUCAGCUCAAUACCAUUGUGGACAACAAUUUACAAAAUUUACUAAAUAUAUGUCAAGCCACACAAAUAUUAAACUUGUCCAAUUUAUGGCUAUCAACUGCUCAGGUUCAACCAGUAUUCAGAAGCUUGAAUCACCAAGCAAGCUUAAGAGUGUUAAAUUUAAAAGGCAAUAUGAUAACUGAUGCUGGAAUCAAAAUGCUGUGCACAUCAUUGCCAAGUAUGCAGCAAUUAAAAGAGCUGAAUUUAAGUUUAAAUAGUUUAACACAUAAAAGUUUAUAUCAUUUCGCUGAAAUGUUAUCAGAAAAGAUAUGUCUGCAGGAACUUGAGGAGCUAGAUAUUAGUUUUAACCCACUAUAUAAUGAAAGCUUUAAAUCUUUGGCCAACAUUUUGGAAAAGUUAAAAUUGAAAAAAAUUGUGUUGUCAUCAUGUGAUCUUGAAGGUUCUAACAAAAAGUUAGUUCUACCUUUAAAUAAUAUAGUUUGGCUUGACAUUAGCCAUAACAGCUUUCAAGAUAAAUGUAUUGAGGAUAUAUUUUCUAACUUAGAUGGUGAAACAAUCGAGUAUUUAAAUUUAAGCAACACUUCAUUGCCUGGCGACACAUUAGUGGAUAAACUGGUUGCUUUUUUAAAUGCUAGCAGCUUAAAAAAUUUGACUGCUUUAGAUUUAUCUGGCUGUGAUAUUUCCGACACAUACUUAAAUCAAAUCCUUCAUGCAUUAAUUAGAGCUAAAAAAUUUCAUACAUUUACACUAGCAAAUAAUUUUCAAUUAUCUUCAAUUUCAUUGAGGAGAUUAUUACAACACAGACCCUGCAUUAAGAACAUCUUUUUAGAAGGCUGUACAGAUAUUCUCAAAUAUCUAGCCAUUUCAAAUGUUUAUGAAGAUAUUGAUAAUUUGGCUCCUGAAGAAAUUUCGAUGAGCGUUAAUAAAAAUGCAAUAGAGGAAGUUGCCAAAAUGGAUAUCAUAAUAAAUAUGUGGAUGAAAUUAUGGGGCGACCAAGCUGUGAUUAAACAUGGACCAUUUGGUGAAUUGCGUUUAAGCACUAGUAAACAUUAAGGAACACGUUAUUU